AUGAAGUCCAUCUUUAUCACCCAAGAUAUAUGGGAAAUUAUACAAGAUGGAUAUGAAAAACCCAAAGAUGUCAAUAAAGAGGCUUCUUGGGAUGACACUAAAAAGUGUCAAUACAAACAAAACAAAAGAAGGGAUCAUUAUGCCCUAUCUAUAAUAUAUCGUGGAGUUGAUGAAACAAUUUUACCAACAAUCAUGGCUGCUACAACGGCCAAGGAGGCAUGGAGCAUCCUGGAGACAAAAUAUAGAGGCUCGGAAAAGGUAAUUCUCUUUAAACUUCAAUCUUUAUGGGGACAAUUUGAUAGUAUGCAAAUGACCGAUAAUGAAUCAAUUCAAUCAUAUGUUGACCGAGUCACAAAUAUUGUUAACCAAAUUCGAUCUAAUGGAGAUACCAUUGAAGAUGUUAAAAUAAUCAGGAAAAUAUUAAGAACUCUUAAUAGAAAAUUUGAUCAUGUUGUGGCUGCUAUAGAGGAAGCAAAUAAAGAUUUAAACUCACUAACCAUGACUGAGCUAAUAGGCUCUCUAUUAGCUCACGAAGAAAGAAUUCGUAGAUUUGAGGAGCAGCCAGUAGAGCAAGCUUUUCAAGCUAAAUUAAAAUUUUCUAAUAAUGGUGAAAAUAAAAAUGGCCACGGAAAAAAAUUUCAAUCAAAAAGAGGAAAUUUUAAUAACCGUGGUAGGGGGAGAGGAAAUUACAAAAAUCAAGGGAACCGAGAUAAUAAUCAAAAUAGCUCAUAUUGUAUAUUAUGCAAGAAAAAUGGUCACAACACAGUACAAAAGAUUGUCGGUACAAAUGCAAAAAAUGUACCCGACAUUGUCACUUCGAAAAAGAUUGUUAUUUCCGGCAAAAAGAAGAGGUCAAUUUCACAGAAAAUAAUAACUCUCAUGAUCAGUUAUUUUACACAUGUUUAA